AUGGUUUCCACUCCUGAACUGAAGAAAUACAUGGACAAGAAAAUAAUGCUGAAUAUAAACGGGUCCCGGAAGAUAGCAGGGAUCUUGAGAGGCUACGACAUCUUCCUGAACAUUGUUCUCGAUGACGCAAUGGAGAUAAACGGUGAAGAUCCCGCUAGCAACUUGCCGCUGGGCUUGCAAACCGUCAUUAGGGGCAAUUCCAUAAUAUCGCUAGAGGCUCUGGACACCAUAUAA